GCUUCUUCACACGCGGGUAUUUUCACACGCUGUGAUUGGAGGACAGCGCUGUCCAAUCAGGGAGCGGCUUGUUGCGGUGUGAAGGGGCUGCAGUAGUGUUGCCGCUGUGGUUAGCCGAUGCUGUAGGGAGUUAGCGGACCCGCUGCACUGCUUCUCUCAGUUCAACCAGAUACCGCUUUAAAACCAUGAGCUCCAUCGGGACUGGGUAUGAUCUGUCUGCCUCCACCUUUUCUCCAGAUGGGAGGGUAUUUCAAGUUGAAUAUGCUAUGAAGGCAGUAGAAAAUAGCAGCACGGCGAUUGGAAUCCGCUGCAAAGAUGGAGUAGUGUUUGGAGUAGAGAAGUUGGUCCUAUCAAAACUGUACGAGCAAGGCUCCAACAAGCGCAUCUUCAAUAUUGAUCGUCAUGUUGGAAUGGCUGUGGCUGGGCUGCUUGCAGAUGCCAGAUCUCUCUCUGAGGUGGCGAGGGAAGAGGCCUCCAACUUCCGCUCCAACUACGGCCAUGACAUUCCCUUGAAGCAUCUGGCAGACAGAGUUGCUAUGUACGUCCAUGCCUACACGUUAUACAGUGCAGUAAGGCCUUUUGGAUGCAGUUUCAUCCUUGGGUCUCAUGAUGAAGAUGAUGGUCCUCAGCUCUAUAUGGUUGACCCCUCAGGAAUUUCAUAUGGUUACUGGGGGUGUGCCAUUGGAAAAGCCAAGCAAGCUGCAAAAACAGAAAUUGAGAAACUUCAGAUGAAAGACAUGACCUGCAGAGAGUUGGUAAAGGAGGUUGCAAAAAUAAUCUACAUUGUACACGAUGAGGUGAAAGAUAAAGCCUUCGAGUUGGAGCUCAGCUGGGUUGGAGAAGUCACAAAAGGAAGACACGAGCUGGUCCCUAAGGAUAUCAAAGAAGAGGCUGAGAAAUAUGCUAAAGAUUCACUGGAAGAGGAGGAUGACUCUGAUGAGGACAACAUGUAAUCAGCUUACCUAACAGGAGACAAUUCUUCUUACCCAAUGUAUAACAUUUUUCAUGCACCCUGACAGCUCUCAAAACUUGACUGGUAAUUUCUUUUAUAUGUUUUUGUAGUAAGUUGGACAAAUUGAUUCCUAUGUUUACUUUUGGGGGUUUAAAACAAAAAAUAAUAAAUAAAAAAAUGUAUAAACUGGUGUCAUGCCUUAUAUUGUAACGUACUACAUAACUUACCAUAUCAGUCAUAUUAUGCAAUCACUUGUGGAGUAAUUGGCUGUAACACAAAGCACAGCAUCAGGCCCAAUAAAGCUAAACUGGAUCUGUGUACAGUGUUAAGAUUAUAGACAAACAGAAGUCUUUAGUAAUACACUGCAAGGACUUGAACCUUGUACUAAGGAUCAGUAGUGCCAGCCACCAGUGUAAGGAACUGCAGAGCAACGGUUUGCCAUUGUUAAAUUCCAUGUUGUGCAUCUGCACACUAAAUCCAAGCUAAAUCCAUUUAAGCAUGUGUGAAACCAUAAACAGUUGUAACCUUGACCAGCAUAAUAGCAGUCAAUUGAAGUGCUUAGUAAGCACAUGGUGAAGUGCAAGAUAACUUAUCAGACAGACUGCCUUUUACAACUACAGUACUGAUGGCCCAUAUUCAUCAAAGCUUUAAUCAGAGUUCAAAUUAAAAUGUGUGGAGAAGUAUACAAACUGUUUACACACCUGUUUUAUCAAACCCAGCAGAGCUUUGAGCACAACUGUCAUGAAAAAACGUCUGCAAUUCCAAAUAGCAGAACCCAAUCUGCCUUUAUAAUAAAUACAGGAAGCAGAUGUUCUAGCAUUAAGUCAAUUAAUAUGAAUAGUAUGUAGCAGCUCAUGGGCCUUUAACCGCCCUUGUAUGUGUGAUCAGCUGCGUCUACCUAUACUUUACAUUGAUUGGAAUUGGGUGUCAAGAGAGUAUGUUGCCAGUUAAGCAAUUUACCUGUCCAGGUGUUGUGCAGAAUUCUGUCUCCCUGCCAAAAUCAGACUCCCAUCAAGUGUAAUUUAUUUCUGAAACAGAUGGCGCAUGCCCAUAAAGGAGAACUUGAUUUAUCCACAA